AUGAACGCCAGUGAAAACGAGAUGAUGAAGCUCAAGAUAGAGAAUGCAGUUUUGAAGGCCAGAUUGAAGACCGUUGAAAAUGAAGUGGGGGAGCUCAAGAAGGAGAACACAGAUCUUCAAUCUAGAGUAACAGCAUUUGAAGAUAAGAGCACAGUGUUGGAGACCAGAAUGAACACCAGUGAAAACGAGGUGGAGGAGCUCAAGAUAGAGAACACAGUUUUGAAGGCCAGAAUGAACACCAGUGAAAAUGUGAUGGAGGAGCUCAAGAAGGAGAACACAGAUCUUCCAUCCAGAGUAACAGCAUUUGAAGAUAAGAGCACAGUGUUGGAGGCCAGAAUGAACACCAGUGAAAAUGUGAUGGAGGAGCUCAAGAGAGAGAACACAGAUCUUCAAUCCAGAGUAACAACAUUUGAAGAUAAGAGCACAGUGUUGGAGACCAGAAUGACCACCAGUGAAAACGAGGUGGAGGAGCUGAAGAGACAGAAUGCAGACCAACCAAAGGUGGCGUUCUCAGUUGGUCUCACUGAUGAUGGACAAGUUGGACCCUUCAUGACUGACAUCACACUUAAGUUCAGUAAAGUCUUCACCAACUUUGGUCAGGCCUACAGUCCAACUACAGGUCACUUCACAGCCCCAGUCAGAGGAGUCUACUACUUCUCAUUUACUACACUGGAUACCCGGAAGAACAUAUGGAGUGUUGUUAAUCUCUAUCACAAUGACAAGAGAGUGUUGUGGAAUAAUAAUGACAAUGAUGAACAUGGCAAUAACAUACUUUCUAAUUCACUGGUUCUUCAGCUGGAAAAGGGGGAUGUGGUCUACAUGGUUUUACCUGCCCUCUAUAUUCUAUACGAUGAUACAAAUAAUUAUACUACCUUCAAUGGAUUUUUGCUUUCAUGA